AGCAAAAACAGAAGACGGAUAAGACGAACAUAUUGAUAAGCAGAUUAAAGGUGUCCUCACAUCGCAUACACACUUAAGAGAUAAAUUUACACCAAUUUUUACUUUUAGGGGGAUGAUUUUGAUUAUUUUAUUAGGUAAUCUUCUUUAACGUUGAGACCUGAAAAUUGCAAAUCUGGAAGACGGAUUAUGUUCAAAUUUUAAUACUCCAUUAGACUUUAUGGCACGUUUUACAAUAUUUUAUUGCAAGUUGAAUCCAGAAAUGCCAGAAGUGGAAGCAGAUCUCGCAGCAAACAGCUAGCUUUGCUGCACCUGCUCUUCUUAGUUAGCUAAAGCUAAAACUGUUGAACAUUUGCACGCUGACACGAAAAGCAAACUCAAAAAAGAGUAGCUCUGCAGCAGAAAAUCGAAAAAAAUGGCAGCGAUGGCCUUGAAAAUUACAAUAAACUCUAAUCCCAAUACCAACGGUGUACUUGCGCCUCCUCCGAACAAGCUACAGGCUCAUCUUUUACCCUCAAAUCAAAAGAUUUUUGGCCGAAGAGUCCUCGGGAGUACACCUCUCUCAUUGAAACGAAGUAAAAGGAAUUGGCAUGUGCCACUUCGAGUUUCGAGUUCGAGUCAAUCUUCCGCGUCAAACCCCUUUGAUGUUGUCAUAAUUGGUGCCGGAAUCAUUGGGUUGACCAUCGCCCGCCACUUGCUCCUUUCCUCUGAUCUCUCCGUCGCCCUAGUUGAUGCUGCUGUUCCUUGCUCGGGCGCAACUGGAGCAGGUCAAGGAUACAUAUGGAAGGCACACAAAUUGCCAGGUACUGAUAAGUGGAAAUUAAUGAUGAGAAGCCAUCAAUUAUGGGAGAGCCUAGCCAAGAGCAUUCAACUUCAAAGCAUGGAUCCUUUAGAGGUACUUGGCUGGAAGAAGACAGGAAGCCUUUUAGUUAGUAAAACAGCAGAUGAGUCAGCAAUGUUAAGAAGGAGGGUAGAGGAGCUAUCACAGGAGGGGCUGAGAGCAGAGUUCUUGUCCACCAAUGACUUGCUAUCAGAAGAACCAGAACUUGUGCUUGAGAAGGAAGGUGGAGCAGCUUUUUUCCCUGAUGACUGCCAAUUGGACGCUCACCGUACUGUUGCAUUUAUUGAGAAGGGUAACAGGCGUUUUGCUGUUGAAGGGAGAUAUGCUGAAUUUUAUCAUGACCCAGCUAUUGGAUUAGUUAGACCUGAAAAUAGCUGCGAGGUUGGAGCUGUUCAAACUUCCAAGACUACAUUGCAUAGUAAGAAGGCUGUUGUAAUUGCAGCAGGUUGUUGGACUGGGUCUUUGAUGCAUGACCUGAUUAAGCAACCAGAUAUCGAGCUCGAUCUUCCAAUAAAGCCUCGAAAGGGUCACCUGCUUGUGAUAGAGAAUUUCAAGUCGUUCAAGCUGAAUCAUGGAAUUAUGGAGGCAGGGUAUGUCAACCAUCAGUCAGCAACUCUCAAAGCUACUGCAUCUGAUUUAGGACCUGUCUAUAAUGCACAAGAUUUGUCUGUUUCAAUGACAGCAACCAUGGAUGCAUCAGGCAGUCUUGUCCUUGGGAGUAGCCGACAGCUUGUUGGGUUUAACACAGAGGUUGAUGAAUCUGUCAUCAAUCACAUAUGGCAGCGGGUUGGGGAGUUCUUACCUGCUUUAAGAAAAGAGUCGCUUGAGGAUUUGCGUCAAAGCGGAGAAAUUAGAGUAGGAUUGAGACCUUACAUUCCGGACGGAAAGCCUGUCAUUGGGCUUGUUCCUGGAUUUUCAAAUGUGUUUCUUGCUGCCGGGCAUGAAGGAGAAGGACUGUCGCUGGUACUUUUCUCUAAUCUCUUUCUGAAGAUGAACUGCUCUAGGAACAGCUGAAAUGAUUGCUGAUAUGGUAUUGACCAAUCCUUGUAAAGUUGAUCCAGCACCUUUUGCGCUGCUAGGCCGGUGCUUCCACUGAGCAGUGAGCCCAAUGCAAAGGUUGAACACUUAUGAAGCCUAAAUUUAAAAGCUUAACAGUCUCAAGGUUAUAUCACAUCCUUAUGUAACUGCUCAUGAUGUUGCAUUUUGAUUAUAGCUUUUUGUCUAUCAUUUCUGUGCAAUAACUGAAUAGUGAGAAAUUACUACAGUUUUUACUGGAUGUGGAUUUCUCAAAAGAUAAUGUAGCAAGGAUAAGUUGAUGAGUUGUCUUUGGGAUGCAGUUCUUAGGUUCUGAAUGAACUGAUGAUGUAGCUUCUAUUGA